CGUAAAAUCAAUGCUUCUUAAAAUGAUCUAAUUUGUAAAUACAACCUGGCUUUAGCUCAAAAUAUGUCUGGCGUGUUUCCUAUCAAUUUCUGCGCGGUUAUUUACUCGCUUCUUUUGACUACGGAUUGCUACGCUUACCUACUCAAGAUAGAGGCUCAUGGCAGGUUUUAGAACUGUCGAACUGCGGUAAAGAUUGAUGCAGAAAUAUUCAAUUGACCCUAGUGAAGACCCUUGACAAUUCAGGAAGUACGUAUAUUGUAUAUCACUAAAAUAUCAUUUUAGCUGUCAUGUUGAUACUGUAUACAUAGGAAUGAGAUUUGUUAAGACAGAACAACAUCAACAUAUUUCAAUGGAUACAAUCACUAGUAUAUGAUAUCAAUGGAUUUUAAUUUGUGUUCAUGUCUCUUUUUGUGGUUUUUCUCUCCUUAUAUCACGUCUUCUGCCUCGCAAUUAUGUGAAGGCCCUGACGGGGAAGAAUGCUGUUGGGGAUAUGUAUGGAAUGAAGCACAGAAUAACUGUACACGUUGCACGGAAGGCUUUUAUGGUAGGAACUGUACUACACCUUGUCCAAAACCAUACUUUGGUUCGACUUGUCUAUUAAAAUGCAUGUGCAGCAGUGAAAACUGUCACCACGUGUAUGGGUGCAAAAGAACUCCAUCAGAAUGUGCGACUGGAAAGUAUGGCGAAUAUUGUGAGUUAUCUUGCCGUUACCCAAACUAUGGAAAUAGGUGUCAGUUGGUCUGUCAUUGUGAUGAAGCGUUCUGUGAUCCUUCUAGUGGAUGUGCAGAAGAUUAUUCAUCAUUGCACAGCAUUGAAAUAUCAACCGUACCUGUAGCUGCUUCAAGUGAAAUUUAUACCGAGGUUACAACAGAGGCUGCACUGAGAUCUACCAACAUCCCCAAUACGGACAAAAUAUCUGCCAAAGAGAGGGGUAAUGUAAAUGAAAGCAAUUCUACAUCUUUAAUUGCUGGUAUUAUCAGUCUUCUGAUCCUUGCGGGAAUGUUGCUGACCCUGUAUGUAAUGGCGUAUUUACAUAAAAGUCACGUGUAUAGUUCAAGUAGAUACAGCGAGUAAAAGCACACUUUGGAAUUAUGAAACUUACGACCCCUGCGUUCAAUCAAUAUAUGACUGCGUGAAAUAUUUUUUUUCUUUACAUGUAUCUAACAAAAGUAACAAUGCAAUAAAAGACUCAAGUUUGUAUUAUUCA